UCAAAGACUAAGAAGUCUAACAUUGAUUAAGAAUGGGUAGUGGGAUUUUAGAGUGGGUGGUGGUGUGUAUGGUGGUGGUGAUGCCCACAUGCAGGGCGCAGCUGCGUUCUGAUUUCUAUAACAAAACCUGCUCCGCUGCGCUGCAAACCCUCAGAGAUGAGGUAAGGAAGGCCAUGGACGACGACAAGACCAUUGGAGCUGCGCUUAUCCGCCUUCACUACCUCGACUGCUUCGUCAAUGGUUGUGAUGGGUCAAUUUUGCUGGAUGACACUCCUCAAGUCAAGGGGGAAAAAAAUGCCAUCUACAAUAAAGAUUCGGCUAGGGGUUUUGAAGUGAUAGAUAAUAUAAAAGAUGCCGUUAAUAAAGUAUGUACAAGAAACUCCAUGUCAUGUGCAGAUAUUUUAGCUGUAGCAGCCCGCGAUGCCAUCCUUAUUUCCGGAGGCCCAUGGUACGACCCGCUGCUGGGUAGAAGAGACACCAAAGUGGUGAGCCUCGCCGCCGCAAACGACCCCAAGAACCUUCCUCCGCCUAACUCCUCCCUCUCUACUCUCAUCUCCGUCUUCCAAAACCACGGCAUGGGCAUAAAGGAACUGGUUCUCCUCUCCGCCGCCCACACCGUCGGCAACGCCCGCUGCGUAAGCUUCCGGCAACGCAUCUACACCGACGCUUUCAUCAACCCUUUUUUCGCCGCGCGGUUACGCGACAAUUGUCCCCAAAGCGGCGGAGACAACAACGUAGAACCGCUCGAUCACCAAACUCCAUACAGCUUCGACAACGUCUACUUCAACAACUUGGAGACCUCCACGGCUCUGCUCCACUCCGACCAGGUGCUGUACAGUGGCGACUUCAGCAAACUCAGCGACCAGCUGGUGAAGAACUACAGCGCCAACCACGAAGCCUUCUUGCGCGACUUCCCGGCGGCCAUGAUCAACAUGGGAAACUUUAAGCCUCUCAUCACUGCGAGCCAAGGAGAGAUCAGAACGAAUUGCAGGAAGAUUAAUUGAUUAACUAAUUAAUUGCUAGUUAAGUGAUUGGCUAGCUUAAUUAAUUGCUUGGUAACCUAAAUAAUCAAUCAAUCUUAAUUAAUCUGCAGCUUAGUUUAUUUUAAUCUUGUUUUUGGAAGUUUUAUAUGCACCACAAGUACUCGAGGAUGGAUGUUAGAACUGGCUGGGUGUGAAAUGGUUCAUUAAUCUUAUGAUGGAUGAACAGUACUUGAAUUCUACAAAUCUUUUAUUUCAU